CCGUCUUUGCGGAAGUGGCGUUACGGCGCUCUGAUUCAAACUACAGGAAGUGCAAGUCGUUUGAGGAAGUGCCAAACAAAGAUACCAACGAACUCUUCCACUCGUCCUCAGAGUGUGUGAAGACUGAACAAACCACAUAUCCUCUCAUAGUUGUCCAAUUCCUGAGCCACCAUGACAUCAAAGGGGGCAAAGGACAGCUUUGUCGCCAAACUGGGCUUCAAAUCCAGCAGCUCUGCUUCCAAAACCGAGGCAGAGAUAGAGCGAGUCAAGAAGGAGAACGCGCAUCUCAGGAGGAAGAUUGACGAGUUGGCCAAGCGACACAUCAAGUCGCCUGACGCGGACAAAAGCAAGCUGUUGGAAAGGAUUGUUUCGCUGGAGACCCUUCGCGAGAGGAACAAUCAACAGUUGCUCGUCAAGGAACAAGAGUUGGAAACUGUGAGGCAGCAGCUGGCAGCGAAAGGGGGAGAGGUGGUGGCGGCGCUGCAGUCCCAGCUGGAUGAGCGACGCAAAGAUGUCGAGCAGAGGGACCUACACGUGCAGACUCUGUCUCAGGAAACGGAGAACCUGAAGAACAAGCUGGCCACGGUUUCCGCCCGCUGUCAAUCUCUGGAGACGCAAGCGGCGAAUGGACAGGCCUCCUCCUUGGUACAGGAUCAGCUGCGAGAUGCCCUGGAGAAAAACCAACAGUGGCUGGUGUACGACCAGCAGCGGGAGGUCUUCGUCCAGUCGGUCCUCGCUCGCACGCACGAGCUGGAGCAACAGCUGAGCCAGGCCAAGCAGCAGGACUCGACUUCUACUGGUGCCACGCCGGAGGCUAUUUCCGAAUGCUCGGAAAAGGAAGCGCAACUCAAGAGCCGCUACGAGCAGUCCUUAUUGGCCUCGCAGAAACAACUGGACCAGCAGAAAGAUGAGCUGGCCAGAACCCAGCAGGAGCUGCUCACGCAGAAGGAGCAGGGCGUCAAAAAUCACGCCGAGCUGCAGCGUCAGACCGAGCGCCUUGCCCAGCUGGAGGAGGAGAUGAGCACGCUGCAGCGGCGCUACGACCACAAAUGUGAUGAGCUGUCGUCCCUGCAGAGGAAAUACAAAGAGAGGGCCAAAGAGCUUGAGGACACCAGGCUGCAGAUGCAGACGGAGCGGCUCAGCAGCAGGUCUGCUGUUUCUGAGGAGAGACAGCUGUCCUCGGUGCGCGCGGACAGGAUGAGAGCCGAAAUGGAGAGCCUGGACCUCAGACUGGAGGAGGAGCGGAAGAGAUCUGCCGAACUUCUGCUCCAAGUCAACCUGCUGCAAAAGUCUCUGCUGAGCCAAAAUGAGGAGCAGAGGAGGAUAGCGGCGCUGGAGCAGCAGAUCCAGCUCUCCGUCAAAGAUUUUGAGAACGAGAAACUGGACCGUCAGAGCGUUCAGCAUCAGCUUCACAAAGUCCUCAAGGAGCUCCGCAAGGCCCGCGAUCAGAUCACCAAACUGGAGUCGGCUAAGCAGCCCAACAGCCGUUUCUCGGAGCCCAGCUCUUACGAUCGUCUGGACGUGCAGCGCCUCAGUCUGGACGAGCCGCGCUCGCCGUCCAAAGCGGGCGGCCUUCUGGACGAAAGCUUCCUGGAGUGCCCCCGCUGCCGGGCUCACUACCCCACCAGCCGCCACCGGGAGCUUCUGGCUCACAUCGACUUCUGCUUGGCCUGACGUGCUGACACCUAUGAAGUCAAAUCUUUCUCCAUACUUGAUUUUUAUUCAGGGCGGGUUUGGGGAGGUCAAAGCUCUUAGUGACUUGUGCUUGCGUUUUGUCAUAUUUAUUUUUUGGGUGGUUUUCCAGUGAGCUACGUUUUGAAGUUGUAAUCAUAUUUUAUUCUUUUUAAACCAUCGAGGGAUGGAAGCUUUCGAAGCAAUGCGCGAUCAUGCAUAUCCUUUUGUAUCAUCAUGGAACAAAACAUAUUUUGGCAAGUAUUAUUGCAACACCUGCCUGCAGUCGUUUUUAAAUAGCUGUGUUGUUCAGCAGGUGCAACACCAGAGUUGAAUUUAUUUUUUAUUUUUUUUUAGAGUGUGAAAUUUGAAUAGAUCAUUUUUCUCAAGCAGGCAGGUGGUGACAUUGCAGCCUUCUUAGCAUUCUGCCGUUUCUAUUUUUCAUCAGGCUUUUUCAAUCUCCGCCUUGACUUUACAUGUCUGCCUGCAGCCCCUCGAGACUGCGGUGAGAUUGCAUUGAGUUAAUUCCUUGCGCUAAACUAUUUAAGGCAGCAGAUUAGUUUGCUCGGACAAGAGAAAGGCGUCUCGGUUUCUGCCCCCUCGGCAAUGUGACUUUUUUUAAACUUUAUUUUUUCUCAUUUUGUUGGGUUUAUUACCUGUAAUUGUGUUCAUUUCUCGUAUUGUAUAAUAAUGGUGUAAGGCAACUUGAUAAGACCUCUGUGGAUUUUCUGAUAAAAAUACACUCCUUCCAAUUAUAUUUAAACCUUGUGAGUUGGUUGUUUUUCUCUGACCUGUUUCCAUAGUGACCCGCUAUGAUGCUUUGUCCAAUUACCGAGUAGCUGGCACCGACUCCGUCGAGUCGAGCCGCUCGCCGCAAUGAAAGAUUCAAACGCAAACUUUUCAGUCGGGUCCAAAGGCGAAGGCAUGAAUUUCUUAUUCGCACCUUGCAACUUAAAUAAAUAUUUCAGCACAAUAAAAAGUGAAUGAGCCGACAGUAUGAAUGAUUUAUUUCACAAAACUCUAUCAAGUACGUCGAAUAAAAUCAUCGUGCCGUAAUGAUACCAAGCCCGUGACUUAAUUUAUCCGUGUUAACGAGGUCUAUUCGUGCACAAGGAGACCAAAGUAUUGCCAGUGAUUUUUGAAGCCUUUUUUCUUUUCUUUUUUUCUUCUUGUAAACAUGCCAGGUAGACUCCUCCAGAGAUGCGCUCCUGCUGAGAGUUCAGCCUCACAUCAAACACAAACUGUAUAUUAUUAUAUAUGAAGACAUUUUUGUAACAUUGGCUUUCUCUUAAGUAGUUCCCGGCUGAUGCAUAUAUACGUGAUGAGAAGAAGCGACAGAGGGUAAUAUUUAAAGACUUCUGGGAACAUCGGGUUUCAGUAAACGCCGCACUUGUGACAUUUUCUGCUUUGUUUUGAA